CCUCACUUUUCACAAGGAUUUACACAGCUGAAGAACUUAUGCUCUCUGAUCCAUGGCACCUAGCACUGUUUCCCUGGAUAAUCAUAAGAUGACCCCAAAGGAAAAUAAUAAGCUAAGGAAGCCGACUGUGGAAAAGAUGCGCAGAGACAGAAUUAACAGCAGUAUUGAGGAACUGAAGCUACUUCUGGAAAAAGAGUUUCGCAAGCAGCAGCCUAAUGUCAAGCUGGAGAAAGCAGAUAUCCUGGAAAUGGCAGUCACCUACCUGAAGCAACAGACUCUGCCCCAAUCCAGCACACAUCACAAUAAUGACCUGCACAUGGAAUUCAAAGAUGGCUAUUCCAAGUGUUCCAACGAAGUUCUCAGCUUCCUGUCUCACCACCAAAGGCAAAGGACACCUGAAAUCAGGCUGAUGAACCACUUUAAGCGAAUCAAAGUUGCUGACAUGUCUCCGUUGUCUCCUGUAAAAUGCUGCCAGAUCAAGCAAGCAGAUCUUAAUAACAACAGCUCUCUCUGGAGACCUUGGUAGACCAGCUGUACACUCAUUGUCCCAGAGGACAUAGAUAUUUAUUCUGUUAUUGUCCUCUUGAUCUGUAGGAAAUAUUUUCCUUAACCUCUGUUACUAGGAGGUUGAUAUAUCUUGUAAAAAAUAAUGGAGUGUGGUUGCAGACUUGUCCUGCAGUCAAAAUCUAAACACUCUGUUCAAAUGUAUUGUAUAUUGCAAAGUGUGUAGAACAUUGCAUGUGAAAAAUCCCACCACAAAACUGUGGUAGAAUUUAACUUCGAUUUGAAGUUUUUGUAUUGAUUAGAUUUUACAGGUUACAAUUUCAGUGCAAUGAUUAGUGAUACUUUUUAUGCAAAGUGUUACUAUGCUGUUUGCUAAGGAAUAACUAUUAUUUGUACAUAAAUGAUAGUGUCAGACAAGACAAGGUGUACUUGAGAUGUAACAUCUUGAAGCCUAUUUUAGGCUCAGUACACAUUGGAGUUAAUAUUCUGCAUUUAAAAUACAUUUCUAACAAAAUUAAAUUACUUGUAAAUAGAUGUGAACAUGCCUUGGUCCAGAUGUACUAAGGGGCAGAUGUAUUAAGCCUGGAGAAGUGAUAAAGCAGUGAUAAGUGUAAGAUGAUAACGCACCAGCCAAUCAGCUCUUAACUGCCAAUUUACAUAUUGGAACUGAUUGUCUGGUGCGUUAUUACAUUACACUUAUCACUGCUUUAUCACUUCUCCAGGCUUAAUACAUCUGCCCCUUAGUCUGCAAAAGUGAUAAAGUGGAGAGUGAUAAACUAUCUACCAACCAACCAACCAACCAACCAACCAACCAACCAACCAACCAACCAAUGAACCAACCAACCAAGCAACCAACCAACCAGCUCAUGUCAUUUUUCAAAUAUAGCCAGUAACAUGGCAGUUAGGAGCUGAUUGGCUGGUACUUUAUCACUCUCCACUUUACCACUGUUCAAGGCUCAGUAUAUCAAAUAAUUGUGCUAAAUAAGAUGGUACAUAUUUAUGUUUUCAUGUGCCAUUUACCUAUAUUAUAAUAGGAAUGCAUUGUAAAUGCACUGGGAUGCUAUAAGACGUUUUUUACAUAUGCAUUUCCACGUCUGACUUGAAAUAGAUACUGUAACUUUGUUAGCAAGUAAAAACUGGACACACCAAUCUAAAAGUAUAUUAAAUGUAUAUAUAAAGGCAAUUUGGUUGAAAUGCAUUAUGACUUAUAUUUUAGCAUGCAGCACAAAAGCAUUGCCCUGAUAUAUACUAUCUGUUAUAUGUGUGUCCAAUCUUUGGGUGAUAACAGCUGCAUAUAUCACAUCAGUUUAUUUUAAUUUAGUUUUAUCGUAACAUUGGUUAUGUACAAAGUGUGUGGAAUAUUUCUACUAUUUUCUAUUUUGAUAAAAUAGUUUAGUAUUUAUGCUUUAUAGUAAAGAGCACCAACGAGAUAACAAUGUAUUUCAUUUUGAAACUCAUAAUUGACAAUUGUAAUUGCAAAGUGUUUUGCUUCUAAAGUGGACUUUGAUAUUACUGUUUUGUAUGCAUAUUAUAUAUGCGCUUUACGUAUCUUUAAU